UCCGGCAAUUUAUUUUUAUUUUUUAUUCUACACAAAAUGAUUUGUAACUGAUCAUGGCUGACAAUUCCUCCAAGGAAGGCUUUUAUAAAAACGAAAGUGUCGUUCCCGAACAAACUACUGCAGGUUUAAUUCAAGAGACUAGCACAAACGAAGAUAAUGAUAUAGAUUUGCUGUGUGCUGUUGUAUUUAUAGAAGAUGCUGCCAAGUACAGAGACAUAAGUCAUAAACUGGACAAAAAGACUUUAUUAUGGUAUAGAUGGUACCAUUCAAAACCUGUCAGAGUGAGUUUCUAUUUUGUUAUAUUUGUUCUACAUAUUUUGGCAUUCUUUGAAUACCCCUCUUCAUUGACAUGGACAUCUGACAUACGGAACAGAGGAAACAGAAUAGCAGUGCCAUGUGGGAUAACAGAAGGAAUAGAAAUGAUAUGUUUUUUACUUAUAGCAGCUGAUCUUAUUUUGAAGUAUAAAUUGAUAGGCAGAUCAGAGUUUAUAAAGAAGAAAUGGUUAUGGGCUUCCAGCAUUAUACUAAUUUUAUCUUUGAUAGACUGGUUUAUAACUAUUGGAUUUUCUUGUAAAGAGGUUGUCAGAUACAGAAGAAUACUCAGGCCAGUUUUUAUCCUUAGUAAUUCUCAACUAAUGAAGAAAACUGUAAAAUGUGUACAGAAAACACUACCAGAAGUUAUAACAAUUUUAUUGCUUUUAUUUAUACAUCUCUACAUUUUUACAUUGCUGGGAAUGCUGUUAUUCCCCAAACCUCAGUCAUUUAUUCCAAUGCACAACCAGACAGAACAUUUUAUCAAUGGUAAUUCAAGUAGUAAUUCUUCUACUGAUAGUAACGUGACUGAAGAAGGAGAUGAGUAUUUCAAGACAUUGCUGGAAUCCUUCAUGAGCCUGUUGGUGCUACUUACUACUGCAAACAAUCCUGAUGUGAUGAUGCCUGCCUAUCAAGAUAACAGACUUUUCUCUGUGUAUUUUAUUGUUUUUAUGAUUAUUGGUAACUACUGUUUUAUGAAUAUGUUCCUAGCUGUGAUAUAUAAUCAAUUCAGAGGAUAUUUUAAGAGUUCUAUGCAAGCUAGUCUUCUGAGGAGAAGAGUGGGACUGAGAGCAGCAUAUGAAGUAUUAUUGAAGAAUGAAUUUCAGACAAGCAGUGUAAUGCUUGAAUCAAGUGUUGAAGUUAGUAAAGUGAAAAAUGCAAUACAGGAAGCUAAUAUACCUGUCAGAUGGAAAAGUAAAAUAUUUAAUGAAAUUGAUUUAAAACAAGUUAACCAACAAUUGAAUUUCCAAGCAUUCCAAGACUCUGUUGAUGUUAUACAAUCAGAGAAGUUUACUAGCAAUGCAAGUAGUAUAAAUAACAAAAUGAUAUCUUACAAAAAUUUUAUCAUACCAGCAAUAAGAUGGUUUGGACAUCCUGUUUUGAGAUUUUUACAGAAAUGUGUUGCUCACAGAUUUUUUACCUACUUUGGUAAUUUGGUAGCUGUGGUCAAUGUUUUUGUCAUAACAGUUGAGUUAGCUACGCAAUAUGAUAAAUCCUUCAAUUACAGCAAAUCUGUUUUGAAUAUUGUAAAUUUUGGUUUUGUAACCUACUACCUCCUGGAACAGGUGUUAAAAUUUGUAAUGUUUGGAUGGAGAAGAUAUGUUUUUGAAAAAUCCAAUAUCUAUGAUGGCCUGAUUACAGUAGCUUUAGUGGUUACAGAAAUAUUUUCUGUUGCUGAAUAUGGGCUUCCAUUAACUGGAGAUGCAAUAGUCCCUCAAGAUUCUGUAACCCUUUGGAAUGUUGUCAGAAUUAUAAACAUACUAAUUAUGGCCAGAAUACUUAGAAUUAUACCACAGAUAAAGUCCAUGUCCAUAGUGGUCAAUACCUUGGUAGAUUUGAUUAAGAAUAUGAAGGCAUUUGCUGGUAUUUUAAUUGUGAUAUAUUAUUCAUUUGCCAUUAUGGGUAUAGAGAUCUUUAAUGGGUCUAUAGAAUACAACCCUCCUAAUGCCACAGUUUCAGGAGGUCUACUAUACAAAUGUGGAUCAUACCAACAGUUGGAAUACUGGGCCAAUAAUUUCGAUGAUUUUGCCGCAGCCAUUGUAGUAUUAUGGGAUAUAAUGGUAGUCAAUAACUGGAGUGUGUUCCUUUCAGCUUACAAAAGUGCAACCUCUCGAUGGUCCUAUCUGUUUUUCAUAAUAUGGUGGUUAUUUUCUGUUGUUAUUGUCCUACAGUUGUUUACAGCCAUUAUAAUAGAGAAUUUUAUAAUGAAAUGGGAUAAAAGUCAACUAAAUACUGACAGAGGAAGAAGAACAUCGAGUUUUGAAGACUCACAUCAUUUUAUGUCUGUUCACGAUAUGUUUAGGAGUACACUAGAGGAGCCUUCAGAAUCAGAAAUACUGCAGGAGAUUAGUAACCACAGAUAUUUAAAACUUAGACAGAUUCCAUCAGUCACAUGAUAUUCUAUGGCAGACGACGAUGAUGUUAUUCUGUAUGAUUCUCUGAAUGAGAUCUCAAAUUAUUAAUGUUAUCUCCCCAUUUGCAGAUGUAUACAAAUAUAUUUUUUUACAUUUCAGAAGCCAAGAAACAGUUGCAGAUAUAUACAUAUAUAUUUUUAUAGUUCGAAAUGUUUUAAAAACUAUCGACAUUUAAAGUACUAAAAUAUUAUACAAACUAAAUUAAAAAAAAAAAAAAACUGUACCAAAUUUAUGACAUAAAAAAUCUUGGUAAAAUCAUAAGUAGCAAAGAAUAUAAGACAUUGAGACUUAUUUCUUAAAGGCAGAUCAACAUAUGGUCCAAUUCCUAUAUUCUUCUUUUUUUACCAAGGUAUUGUUUUGUUUCGGCUAAUAAACAUUCUAUAUUUUGUUAUUGCAUCAGGUAUUUUGCUUUCAAAUUUUUGAAUUUUAUUCUGAAAACACCUUGGUUAGCUAUUCUACUUUUAAACAAAAAAGUGCUUAUUAAUUGAAUGGUAGUAUUCAAAUUAUGUUAUUUUGAAUGUGAUAUAAGAGUGCUAUUAAAGUAACUUAUAGUUUAAAUCUCAAAUAUUUGCACAUUAUCUCAGAUGAAAAAAAACACAGUAUCAAAAUUUUAUCAUAAAUACAAUUUUUUUAAUUUUGAGUAUUUAAUUUUACAGUAAUUUCAUAAUUUUGUAAAUAUUUUAGUGUGGCAUUAUAAAGUUGUUUUACAGGUAUUUGUUUUUAAUUUCAAGCUAUGUGAUACAAAAUGGUUUUUGGAGUGGAUUUAACUUUCAUAGUUGAGUUUAUUGGUCUGUUUAACCAUAUCAAUUAUACACUAUGAACCUAGAGAUAUGCAGAAUUUAUUACUAUAAUGAAUUCUAAAAAUAUUUAGUUAUUUUUUAUUUAACAUUUUUUCUCUGAUUAUUUACUGUCCUAUCAUUUUGUUAUAUAUAAUGUUCAUAUAAAAAUUCAUAAUUGGAUAUUUAAUAAAAACAAAAAAUAGUUAAAAUUCUUAAUUGAAAUUUGAGACAAAAACUUUUAAAGUGCUAUUCAGAGUUUUCUAGUUUUUGAACCUACAUGUGCAGUUAAGGUGGUUAAUCCUUCCUUUAGUAUUUCUUCAUAUUUUUGUUUUAAAUUUUUAAUGUAUUUUAAAGUUCAUUGUUUCUUUUUUUAAAUGUUGAAAGUUGAAUAAAUUCCUUAAUAUUAUUACAUUAGUUUAGCAGUUAAGUUUUUGUUUGAUAGGGGAUGCUUUUAUAUGAAAGAUAUAAAUUGUUUUAUAUCUAGAGGGUUAUUUAAUAUUUCAUUUUCAUUCCUGUAAUUUCUAUUAACAACAGCUCCAAUGGAUUUUUUUGAUUUAAGUAUCUAGAAAACCUAUCAUCAUUAAGGAGGUACCAAACACCUUGACUAAAAUUAAUUUGGCUCGUUUAAUUUUCAUAAAAUGUUGACAAAAUAUUUACUUUGACCCAUUGACAAAAUAUAAAAAUUUCAAAAAACUUGAACCACACACUUUAUCAGAAAAAUUUCAUUGGAUAUAUAGCAGUUUGACAAACACUAAUUUUGAUCAUUGAGUACUUAAUAUUUCCUUAACAAUAGAAUGUGAAUAAAACGUUCAGCUGAUUUUUACAGAGUUAUCUCCCUGUAGUGUUAUGUACCACCUUAGUUCAUCAAUUCUGAAUAAUACAAUCAGUAAACAAUUAAACAAAUUUGGUACAUUUCAUUUAAAAAGUAACCUAGGUUAUUCUGAAUAAAUUCCUAAAUAAAGAAUUUUAUAGGAGACAGUCUUAUUAAAAUAUGCUUAAGUGUAUUAUUUGUUUUAUAGGGCAUUAUAAACUGAUGUAAGGAGGCACCCAUGUAUAAAUUUUUACAUAGUUAUAUCCCUUUCCAGCAUGUUUCCUUAUAAUUUUUAUGUAACUUUUGUCUCACCUGACAACAAAAGUAGCAGAAUGUGAGACAUUGGGAUGCUAAUCUGUUGCUGGCUUCAGAAAUUGUCAUGGAUCAUUGGUCAGUGUUUAGUUUUUGUGGUUAUGUCUGUUUCUUAGACGGUAUAAGCAAUAGGUCAACCACGAUUGGUUUAUGAAAUAAUUGUAAGGUGUAUAGGUAUUCUGACAGGUUCAUCAGACCUUGACCUCAUUAUUGGCGAACAUUACAUUUUCGAGGUUAUGUCUGUUUCUAAGAUUCUAUAAGCAAUAGGUUAAACAUAUUUAAUGUAUGGAAUGAUUGUUAGGUGUACAUGUCCAUCUGGCAGGGUUCAUCUGACCGUGACCUUAUUUACUUGGACCAUUGAUAAUGUUAAGUUUAUGUGCAUGAUACUUAAACCACCAUCUUCAAGACUUUCAGCUUAAACUCAAUCAUAAUCAGUAAAGCAGGCAAGACAUUUCAGUGUGUUUUCUUUCAAAAUUGAUAUGUUGUGCUUUAAUUUUUGUUGUUGUUAGUUUGUUAUUUCUGAAAAAUAAAAAAUUAAAAUUAUUUAUUUGUUUUUGUGUGGUGUUUUUUUUAUUGUACUGUACAAUGCAUAUUUAAAAAUUAACAAAUGUUUUAAAUAGAUUUGGUGAUUACUCAUAAUUUUAACAUUGUAAAUCCUGAUUUUAUGUUUAAUGACCAAGGAAUUGUCGUUGAUUUUAUCAAAGGGAAACCACA